CCGUGGUAUAUUACGGAAUUAUUUCAAAAUCAAAAUGGUGUCUUGUUCAAUACGUAUGAUGAUGUGAAUGUGAUUAUCGCGGUGUUUAAAAUCUUAUUAAAGAAAUAGUGUUUUGUUGUUAAACAUAAAGAUGAGUGAUCCAAAAAUACAACACGGCUCAGGCGAGGUGAAGGGUUGGCUAUUCAAAUGGACUAACUAUUUGAAAGGUUAUCAGCGCAGAUGGUUUGUCCUGUCAAAUGGACAUCUGUCAUACUACAGGGCUGAACCAACAGGGGGGCCAAAGAUAUCUACGCGACGCAAGCGGAGGGCUGGCAGAGCCUCCGAACAUCCUGCCGAAUUCCCUCACACAUGUCGAGGAUCAAUAUCUUUACAUGGGGCCUUAAUUCACGUAGUGGACGCUUGUACAUUUAUCGUGAGCAAUGGUGCUACUCAAACAUUUCACAUUAAAGCAGCUACAGAAGUUGAACGACAACAAUGGGUCACUGCUCUCGAAUUGGCAAAAGCAAAAGCCAUUCAAGCCUUGGAAUCAGAAGAAGAGGAAGAAGAAUAUCAAGGCAAUACUAAUCAAAAGGUGGAACAAGUAUCAAGUUUAAAGGACUUAACUGAAAGAUUGGAACACUUGCAAUCAUGUAAUAAUUUAUUAAUAAAUAGAGGGACAAAUCUUCAAAAGUGCAUAACUGACUUAGGUACUCAGGAACCUAUUUCUCAUGAUUUAUCUACAAAAGUAAAAAGUCUUACUGAGGGAGCUGUACUUUUUCGUGUUGCUGCCACUGAAAUGCUUAAUGCGAGUAACGAUUAUUUACAAUUGGCGCAACAGCAAGAACCAAAAUGGAAAAAAAUGCUUCAACAUGAACGAGACCAAAAAGAAAGAAUAGAAAAAAUGGUUGAACAAUUAGCUAGACAACAUUCUCACUUAGAAGAAGCAGCACAACAUGCCUUGCCAUCGGACAUGGUUCCUACGCCUCAAAUGUUAACAUCUGGUGCUUUGAUCAGUUUGCCAUCAGAAGAAGACGAAGAUAACGCAGUUUUCUAUGAUGCACAAGAGAAUGAUUCCUAUACGUUAACAUUUCUUAAUUCUCUAUCACGUGAACGUGACCGAACUGAUUCUCAAGGAAGUGACGAUGGUUCUAGUUCAGAAUGUGAUCCAACAGUCACUGCUGAUCAUACAAGAAAUGACACUUUUCUCAUCGUGACCGACUACGAAUCACUGCCAAACUCACGUGUUAAAAGCACCGAACUGGAGAAGACGGCUUGGCAAGCAAAUAAUAGUAGCAGUAGUAGCAGUACCGGAAUAACCACAAUGCCGAAAAGAAAACGUAGAACACGUGUUGCUGAUAAACCAAAUUAUCCCCUUAAUUUAUGGAGCAUAAUGAAAAACUCUAUUGGAAAAGAAUUAUCAAAAAUUCCAAUGCCAGUUAAUUUCUCCGAACCUCUUAGUAUGCUCCAAAGGUUAACAGAAGAUUACGAAUAUGCUUAUAUUCUCGAUAGGGCAGCAGAAUGUACAGAUAAAUAUGAGCAAAUGGCGUAUAUCGCUGCGUUCACUGUAUCAAGUUAUUCCACAACAGCAAAUAGAACAGGUAAACCCUUUAAUCCAUUACUGGGCGAAACGUAUGAAUGUGAUAGAACUGAUGAUCUUGGCUGGAGAUCAAUUUCGGAACAAGUGUCCCAUCAUCCACCCAUGGUAGCGCAAUAUUGCGAAGGACGAAAAUGGCGUUGUUGGCAAGAAUUUACAAUGGCUUCCAAAUUUCGCGGAAAAUACCUCCAGGUGAUACCACUUGGUACAGCGCACCUGGAAUUCAAUUCGAAUUCGCAACAUUAUACCUGGCGAAAAGUAACGACAACAGUUCAUAAUAUAAUAGUAGGAAAAUUAUGGGUUGAUCAAAGUGGAGACAUGGAUAUCAUUAAUCACACCGAUGGAAUCAAGUGUCAUCUUAAAUAUACGCCCUAUUCAUAUUUCUCAAGAGACAGUCAACGAAAAGUUAAAGGUGUCGUGAUGAAUUCUAAUACUAAGGAAGUAAAAUGGGUCGUCCAGGGUACAUGGGAUACAAAAAUAGAAAUAGCUAAAGUCACUAACACCACAGGAACACCAGACAAUCCCGUUUAUAAAACUGGUCCCUAUAUUCUUGCCUGGAAACGUCACAUGCCACCACCAGAUAGCGAAAAGUUUUACAAUUUUACCGAAUUAGCCUGCCAACUUAACGAGCCGGAAGAAGGUAUUGCUCCUACCGAUUCCCGUUUAAGGCCUGAUCAACGAUUAAUGGAGGAAGGACUCUGGGAAGAGGCGAACACUGAAAAACUUCGACUAGAAGAAAAACAACGAGCAGUACGACGAGCACGCGAAAGCGAAGCCGAAAAGGCUACUGAUCAAGGUAUGCCAUACGAGAGUUAUGAACCACUUUGGUUCAAAAAACAAGAAGAUCCAUUUACAGACAGCCUUUGUCAUAUGUACAAUGGAGAAUAUUGGGAGUGUAAAAAUAAGCAAGACUGGUCGCGAUGUCCAAAUAUAUUUUAAGUUUAUAAUCGAACGAUAAAUCAGACCUCAGCAAAUUCUCAACAAAGUAAUCUCUACUAAAAAAAAAUAACAAAUCGUUUACAAGAUGAUUAUUAUCCGGAUAAAAUAUAACAUUUUAUGUCAAAAACAAUUGAAAGAUACAUUUCCAAAGUAUCGAAUUAUUCAAGCACAAAUCGAUAAAUAACUAUUUCAAAGAUUCAUCUUUCGCACAACUAUGGCGGUAUUUUUUUUACUACUACUGUAGUCGUACGAAAGAGUUAAUCGUUGGCAUUUUUUUUUUUUUAAUUACAUUUUAAUUUAAAACAAAAAAUAAACUUCCGUUCAAAUCACUCUGAGAUUGAAUCUCAAUUGUGCUUUGUAAUUAAAAUUCCUAUUAAUUAGAGACAAAAGCGAGGGUAGGGUAUAUAAGAAAAUAAUUAAAGAGAUCGACAAAAUUUGGAGUUUAACUCGAAAAUUAUGUCGUCUCGUUCAAAUAUAAUAAAUAUUUCCUGUCCAUGAUAUACAUUUGCUAAUAUAUAUAUAUAUAUACAUAUAUACUUUUAUUAUUAUUAAUAAUAUUAUUAUUAUUAUUAUUGCAAAACGAAUCUGAUUGUAUCAAAUGAUUUGUGUUGCUCAAGAAUAGUCUACAUGAAGUAGAUAUUCGUAAAGAGUCAUUUUCAAAUGUAAUGCACAUAUUAGGAGCUAAUUAAUUACUGGGCGGAACAACUAAUUUGCAUCGAAACAUUUACAUUAAUUGCAGGCUGUACUAUAAUUUAUAUGACAUCGCUGUACACAUAUAAAUACAGAGUAAUUAUAUAAAGAUAAAUAAGAUAAUUACAUAGAUAUAAUUAUAAAAAAAAAAAAUUAUACGACUAUAAGAAAAAAAAAAGUGGAAACGUUAAUAAAGAUAAAUAAUAUAAUGAUUAAUAAAUUUAGUAGAGAUGCUUGUAAAUUAGUCGCUCGCUGAGAAUUAAUCGCUUUGCUACGGAAUCAAUGUAAUUUUUGUAGGUUAUAUUUAACGUGUUGAAAGAUUCUUUGGUAAAACAACCAGGAGAUAAUUGAUAGUUUUUAAUAAAUCUGUUAUAUAUUUUAACACCAGUAGCAAAAAAAAAAAAAAAAAAAAGAAUCGUUUUUGCAUUGUAUGUAAGUAUUGUAAUAUGUAUAUAAUAAUUGAUUUAUAAUUGUAAAAAACACUUGUUUGCUUGUAUAGCUUGAGGUAAAACAAAUGUUUUCAUUUCAAUUUUAGAACAAUUUACUCCAUUUUCGGAUUAUUAUUCAAAUAUUUGAUAAACAUAUUUAAAACACUCUUAAAAUUUUUUUUUUAAUUGUCAAAUUUCACGUUCAUCAUUAUAUUUAACACAUAUUUGAUCAAAAAUUAUCCGAAUAUGGAAAUAAAUAACUUUAGCAAAAGACUUUUAAUUAAAUACGUUCUUUCCAAGAGAAUUCGAUAGAAUUUUUAAACAUUAUUCUAAAGCUUAACUUUAGCCAAUUUUUUUCAUUCUGAUUAUUAAUUAAAAACAAAAAAAAAAGAAAUGUCCAAUCAUGAGUAGAUAAAACGAAGCAAUGAGAAAAGCAGACAAAAAAUAAAACAAAAGAAAUGAAAGUCUAUUCAAUUGUUUAAUUUUUCAAUAAAUUGAUAAUAAUUGACUAAAGUCAAGCAAUUUAACAAAAUAUUAGCUUUAUGUAAAAAAAAAAAAUAAAUUUGUUAAUAUUGUUUUGGCUGCAGUUUAAAUUUAUAUUAUCGAAACGUGUAUUAAAAUUUUUUUUAAAUUAUCCAACGUUUAUUUAAAAGACCAAAUCAAAUGUAAAAUUGAAAAUUAUUUUAUGAAAAUAUAAAAAAAAGAAA